AUGUAUCUUCCAGCAAGAAGUGCAGUGGAUCAGGCCUACUUGGAGCUCAUUGUAAAACCUGACAGAGGAGCCAAGCGCCCGAGGGGAGAGGAUGGAGGAGCUGCAGGAGGAGAUGACAACUCCAGAGGAGGGAAGCAGCAGAAAGGUGUGGGACCGAGGGAGGCAGCCAGGUUCAGGGAGGUGGGAGGAGGAGAAGSAGGAGCUGAAAUGAAAGAAACCGAAGAGCCGACUGGAGACAGGAAGAUGAUCUUAGAGAAACUGAUGGACCAGGAUGGGGAAGAACCAGAGGCAGAGCCAGUUGACGAGAGCUCAGUGAAGAAAAUGAUUCUGACCUUUGAGAAAAGGUCGUACAAAAACCAGGAGCUGAGGAUAAAGUUUCCAGACAAUCCAGAGAAGUUUAUGGAAUCAGAGCUGGACCUGAACGACAUCAUCCAGGAAAUGCAUGUAAUCGCGACGAUGCCGGAUCUCUACCACCUGCUGGUGGAGCUUAACGCCGUCCACUCGCUGCUGGGCCUCCUGAGCCAUGAAAACACUGAUGUUGCCAUAGCAGUGGUGGACCUGCUGCAGGAGCUGACAGAUAUUGACACRCUSCAUGAGAGUGAGGAGGGAGCCGAAGUCCUCAUUGACGCCCUGCUAGAGGGUCAGGUGGUGGCCUUGCUGGUGCAGAAUAUGGAGCGGCUUGAUGAACAAGUGAAAGAAGAGGCUGAUGGCAUCUACAACACGCUUGCUAUUACUGAAAACAUGGCAGAGUUCAGACCUGGCCUGUGCACUGAAGCUGCUCAGCAGGGACUCAUGCAGUGGCUGCUGAAGAGAAUCAAGGUAAGAAGCGUGUUUAAACGUCACAACCCAAACACAGCCGAGGAGCAGGAGAUGAUGGAAAACCUCUUUGAUGCUCUCUGCUCCUGCCUCAUGCUGUCCUCCAACAGGGACCGCUUCCUCAAAGGAGAAGGACUCCAGCUAAUGAACCUCAUGCUCAGAGAGAAGAAAAUGUCUCGAACCAGUGCUCUGAAGGUUCUGGACCAUGCUAUGAUUGGGCCCGAGGGAGCAGAUAACUGCCAUAAAUUUGUGGAUGUCCUGGGCUUGCGGACCAUCUUUCCACUUUUUAUGAAAACCCCAAAGAAGAUGAAGAAAACCGGUACUUCAGAGAAAGAGCAUGAAGAACACGUCUGCUCCGUCAUCGCUUCCAUGCUGAGAAACCUCAAGUCCCAGCAGAGAACCAGACUCCUCAACAAGUUUACAGAAAACGACUGUGAAAAGGUUGAUCGACUGAUGGAGUUGUAUUUUAAAUACCUGGAGGCUGUUCAACAGGCUGAUAAGAGGAUCGAAGGGGAGAAACAUGAGAUGGUCCGUCGGGGGGAGAUCCUGGACGAYGGCAUGGAGGAUGAGUUCUACCUUCGCCGUCUAGACGCUGGACUGUUUGUUCUGCAGCUGCUCUGCUAUAUUAUGGUGGAGAUCAGCAGCUCAGGGGUCUCACAGCUGCAGCAGCGGGUUCAUCAGAUUCUUAAUAUAAGAGGAGGCUCAGUCAAAGUAGUGCGGCACAUCAUGAGGGARUACGCAGAGAGCAUCGGAGAUGGAAAGAGUGACGAGUUCAAAGAGGCAGAGAGGAAGAGGAUCAUGGACCUAGCUGACAACUUUUAGUCUUUUAUUCCUCAUAAAGACACAGAAAUCCUUCACCACAACCAAAACAGUUUUAUUCCGGUUGAAACUUCACUGAAACCAAAAUACAAACUUCAAAUAAUAAUAAGAAAAAAAUGCUGGUUUGUUUUGAUAAUGUACAGAAAGGAAGUACUUUAAGACUCCAUCUGUAGACGAACCCAGCCCAUCCGCUCUAGUAAAUAAUUUAA